AUACAAAUAUAUAUACAUAUACAAACAUCGUAUAUAUCAAGUAACAGAGAGAAAAAUCUUUUUCUUCCUCUCCUUGAUCGGAGGGUCGCCGUGUUGAAAAGGAUGGAUGGUGGUGGAGAGACGACGGCGACAACGACGAUGGAGGGGAGAGGGUUGAAGAAAGGGCCGUGGACAACGACGGAGGAUGCGAUCUUGACGGAGUACGUGAGGAAACACGGCGAAGGUAAUUGGAACGCCGUGCAAAAGAACUCAGGUUUGCUCCGGUGUGGCAAAAGUUGCCGGUUACGGUGGGCGAAUCAUCUCCGGCCAAAUCUAAAGAAAGGAUCUUUUACUCCUGAUGAAGAAAAGAUCAUCAUCGAGCUUCACGCUAAGCUUGGAAACAAAUGGGCUCGUAUGGCUUCUCAGUUACCUGGAAGAACAGACAACGAGAUCAAGAACUAUUGGAACACGAGGAUGAAGAGAAGACAAAGAGCUGGUUUGCCUUUAUACCCUCAUGAGAUUCAACAUCAAGGAAUUGAUAAUGAUGAUGAGUUUGAGUUUGAUUUAACUUCCUUCCAGUUCCAAAACCAAGAUCUUGAUCAUAACCACCAAAAUAUGAUUCAAUACACUAAUUCUUCUAAUACUUCAUCAUCUUCGUCUUCAUUCUCUUCUUCAUCUUCUCAACCUUCAAAAAGGCUGCGUCCUGAUGAUCCUUUAGUCACUACUAAUCCCGGCCUAAACCCGAUCCCCGAUUCUUCGAUGGAUUUUCAAAUGUUCUCUCUUUACAACAAUAGCCUUGAGAAUGACAAUAACCAGUUUGGUUUCUCUGUUCCUUUGUCCUCAUCAUCCUCGUCCAACGAUCCCAACCACAUCCUUGAGUUCAUCUCCGAGAAUUCGGACACAAACAAUACAAAUAAGAAAGACAUUGAUGCUAUGAGUUAUAGUUCAUUGCUUAUGGGAGAUCUUGAGAUAAGACCGAGUUCUUUCCCUUUAGGACUAGAAAAUUCCGUCCUAGAGCUUCCUUCAAACCAAACACCGACCCAUUCGUUCAGUUCUAAUCCUAUUCUCGACAAUGGUGUCCAUCUUGAGCCACCAGCUGGCAACAGUGGACUACUUGAUGCUCUCUUGGAGGAGUCUCAAGCCUUGUCUCGAGGCGGAGUCUUCAAGGACGUUAGGGUUUCCUCGAGUGAUCUAUGUGAGGUUCAAGAUAAGAGGGUGAAGAUGGACUUUGAGAAUCGGUUAAUAGAUCAUCUAAACUCUUCUCAUCAUUCAUCAUUGGGAACAAACCCUAAUAUUCACAACAAGUACAAUGAGCCAACAUUAAUGGUGAAAACAACGGUGGAUGAUGAUGAUGACUUAUUGAUGAGCCUUCUCAACAACUUCCCUUCAGCCACAACACCGUUGCCUGAUUGGUACCGGGUGACGGAAAUCCAAAACGAAGCCUCAUAUCUUGCUCCACCGAGCGGAUCAAUUCUAAUGGGAAACCAUCAAGGUAACGGGAGGGUGGAACCACCCACGGUGCCACCUUCGUCCAGUGUAGAUCCUAUGGCCUCGUUGGGGUCAUGCUAUUGGAGCAACAUGCCUAGCAUCUGUUAGUUUGGAACCUCCUCAUGAGUAAAAUCAUUUCUUUGAUUUGGAAAAGAGAAAGCUAAUUGUGAGCUCAAUUUGUCUUUGUUGUGUAAAAUCUUCUUCAACUUGGGCUGUGCUAUGAACUUUUAUGUUAACAUGUUUUCAAGGAACAAAAGAGAAAUUAAAAGAGA